AUGGCCCCGACACUGUGUUUCAAUUGCAAAGAGGCGCGCGCCGUCAUUAUCAGGCCCAAGAACAGGCACAAGCUGUGUCGGGCCUGCUUCAUCGAAGUCUUCGAAACCGAAGUCCACGAGACAAUCAUCGGCACAAACCUUUUCUUCCGCGGCGAACGUAUCGCGAUCGGAGCGAGUGGCGGAAAAGACAGCACAGUACUCGCGGCUGUAAUGAAAACUCUGAAUGAGCGAUACGACUAUGGACUGGAACUGUGUCUGCUCUCCAUCGACGAGGGCAUCCGCGGCUAUCGCGAUGACAGUUUAGAGACUGUCAAACGCAACGCGAAACAAUAUGACAUGCCUCUUGUGAUCGUGGGAUAUGGCGAACUAUACGGCUGGACGAUGGAUCAGGUGGUGGAACAAGUUGGAAAGAAGGGCAACUGCACUUAUUGUGGAGUGUUCCGACGACAGGCGCUCGAUCGAGGCGCCACCCGCUUGAAGAUCAACCACGUCGUCACUGGCCACAAUGCAGACGAUGUCGCCGAGACAGUCAUGAUGAAUCUGCUUCGUGGUGACCUGCCUCGUCUCUCGCGUGGUACCAGCAUCGUCACUGACUCUGGCGCUUCGGAUGUCAAGCGCAGCAAGCCCCUCAAAUACGCCUAUGAGAAAGAGAUUGUCCUCUACGCCCACCACAGACAGCUCGAUUAUUUCAGUACCGAGUGUAUCUACUCACCCGAGGCAUUCCGUGGUAGCGCUCGUACUCUGAUCAAAGACCUUGAGAAGAUCCGUCCUAGCUCGAUUCUUGAUAUCGUCAAGAGCGGCGAAGACAUGGCCGCCCUGGUGCCGGCCGAGGUCCGUGGAACCACCAAGUCCAAGAAGUCUGGCGCGGCAGAUGACGAGCCUAGUGGUGGAUGUGGCAGCCAGAAUGGCCGAACUAGCGGCGGCGAAAUGGCUGCAAUGGAACAACAACUCUCAGCUAAUGAGGUGGCUGAAUCAAACGAAACCGAGAUCAAGCUCCCGGCCGCUCAGCCCAAGGCUAAAAGCCAGCCCACUAAAGUGCUCAAGGCCCAGACCAUCAAACACUGUGAGCGCUGUAAUUACAUCUCCAGCCAGCGGAUUUGCAAGGCGUGUCUUUUGCUGGAUGGUCUCAAUCGCAACAGGCCCAAGACUGCCAUUGAAGUUGGCAUUGAGGACGAAGAAGGAAGUUCGACUUUGAUGCGCCAGAUGGAGCGAGCCCACCUCAGUGCUACCUGA